UACACCAUUUUAUAAUUCUCUCUAUCUCAAUCAGAAGAGUACUUAAAACUUUCUUAGGAGAAACUUUUUUUUUUUUUGUUUGGAUAAUUUGUCAUGGUGUCUUUUCAUAAAAUAAGUCAAAUCCCAGCACAAAGAGAUGUUAUGGAGGAUUUGUCCAAGAAGAGAAAAUGGGAAGAUGAAGUUUCUAGUGAUGAAAUAAAGCCACAGAGAGCAAAAAAAGUGACCACUUUGUUUGGGACACAGCUGCAUCUUGAGACUCCUUUGCCUUUGGAGUGGCAAAGAUGCCUCGAUAUUAAGUCUGGACAGAUUUACUUCUACAACAUAAGGACUCAAAAGAGAACAUCAACUGAUCCAAGACUUAGUGAUCCUGAACCACCUACAAAUCCAGUGCAUAUAAGUUUAGACCUUGAACUCAACUUAUUACCAUGUGGAUCACCAGAAAAGAUCAACCAAAUUGAUGACAAUUUUGUUAGCAAUUCAAAUUACUCCACCAAAAAGAAAACUGAAUCUAAAGGUUUAAUCAAUCGUUCACCUUCAUGGCUAACAUUCGAUGUGAAUGAACAAGACAUGGUCACUGCAGUAUGCAAGAAAUGUCAUAUGUUAGUAAUGAUGUCAAAAUCUUCACCAACAUGUCCAAAUUGCAAAUUUGUCAAUCCAUUAGAUAAAGCUCCUACUAGUCUGUUCAAGAAUUGAUUAAUUGAAGAAGUGAUGAUGUCCAAGUGGGAAAUAAUUAGGACUUUUGUGGCUAAAGCUUAUAUACAGUUUUUAAGUUAUUGUAUGUACAUACUAAUCCUAUGAAAGAAAGCCUGCUAACUGUAUGAGUAAUUCCCAAGUCUUUGGUAUCAUGCAUGAUUUGUAAAAAGAAAUUGGCUACUGUUAUAUUGAAAAUUUUGCAGCAUCAAGGGUUUUGAAGUAA